GUUACAGUUUGUGCCACAUAUCCCUUCCAGAACUUGCCGUACAAUUACACCGCACAUACAACCCGAGUCCUGCGGCGGACUUGUUUUUUUAUUAUUGUUUUUUUGUUAUUUUAACCGCUGGAAACUUUCUUUAAAAAAACCGGAACGUAUCUACUGACGGCUAACUGCUGACUUCCGACAUGAUUCCCCAUUUUUUUUUUUUUUGGACGCGGUUAACUUUAGGAGCUCCCGCCGCCAAGGAGCUCGGUGACGCGGGGAUUAGCCAAAACGAGCUAACGAAGGAAUAGAAUGCAGAUGUUUUAUCAUGUCGCAUCGAUAAAUUACUUUUAGCUUUCCUGCAAGGUUCUAAAAAGCUGUCGAAGUGUACAGUUUGAGACUUUCAGCUGGAUUUAUGGAGCGACAUGGAUAAGAGGCAUCAGUUGUUUUGGGGGUUGAGGGCACUACGGUAAUAUAGGCUCUGCCUUAAUUAGUAAUUACGGUAAUUAUGAUUGUUAUUUACUCGGGUAAAUAACAACAAGGAUGAUGCAGCAGCUGUGUUAAGCUCCAGUCUUGGCUUAAUCAAAACAUGUCCAGCGCGCAAAGUUCAUAUUUUGCUGUGGACGAUCCGCAGUGGCUAUGUAUGGUCACACUUUUUAUCGCUUCCCUGGUUACCCUGCUACUGUAUUUGGCUCAGUAUUUCCAACUAAGGGCAGCACGGUGGAGGAAGACGGCAGCGGAGGACAAUGCGGCGAAGGAGGAAGCCGCCUCUCUGCUGCGAUGGGCGCUGUCACUGAAUAGCUGGAAGAGUCAGUGGAGAUCAGCGUGGUGCAGCGCUUUGAACGCUCAAUCCAGGGAGAAGAGUGGGAGUCCAUUUCUUCUGACCUUCGAUGAAGAUGAUCUUGAAGCAUCAGAGUUUGUCGUCCAACAAGUGUUCCACUGUAAGAAGUCUGCGCAACAUAAGGCUGCUUGCUGCAGUGUGGUCAGUGACAAGCUGCAGUUUACUCUCCACGCCUUCCCGGCCACAUCUUCUGCUGAUUCUUCCAAAUAUACGGUCUGCAUAUCACCACUGGACUUGCAGCUUGAUUUGCUGAUGCAGGAAGCUGACGAUGAGGUCAACGUAAGCUGGGGGGUUUCUCACCUGAAGAUGGGCGUGCUGCAAGUGACACCUGCUCCAUCACAGGACGAUGUCAGCAAAACCUGUGUGGCCGAAGUAAAAGAGCAGUUGAAACAAGUGCUGUGUAAGACUUGUCCUUCUGUUUUAUUGAAAUGCGAGCCUGCUCAGGUCACUGAGGUCAAGGAAACGUGCAAUAGAGUGUUCUCGCCCCCUAAACCCCCCCGUGCCCACGACUGGAAACUGCUGGUGAAAAACAUUCGUGUGGCGCUCAAUCUGCAGGAAGAUGUUGCAGGCAGCAUCAAUCCUGUAUGUGUGCUGCAGUUAGAUGACCCUCCACAGAAGUUUAAUACGUCUGUUUUAGAGAACACAACCAAUCCUGCAUGGGACCAUCCUUUUGUUUUUGAACUGAAUGGACGAUCCAAAGAACUCAUUAUUCAGCUGAUGAAUGAUGUAUAUCAGCAUGAGGACAGCCUUCUAGGCCAGGUAUCAGUGCCUUUUGACCUCGUUAAGAAGCAGCCUAAGGGACAGCAAACAUUUUCCCUUAUGACCAAAGAUGUAAAGACUGGAUCACUUACUACUGAUUUUACCUACCUGGAUCCAAAUGAGGUGCGCUCCUGGCAGCCCCCAACCCCAGCUUCCACCAAGAGGGUAGAGAUGGACCGUACAGUCAUGCCCUGUGGCACGGUGGUCACCACCAUCACUGCAGUCAAGAGCAAACCAGGUCGACUGCUCCCUCCAGGACUCAGCAUUGAUUCUUUACAAAAAGCACAGGUACACAAGCCGAAGCUUUCAGAGCGACAUGUUUCAGAGCAGACGUCCCUGCUAGGAUCUACGGUUAGCAAGGUCUUGUCUUCUUCGGACACCGAGUUGCUGAUGCUCAACGGCACUGACCCGGUGGCUGAGGCCGCCAUCAAACAACUGCACCAGUCUGCCAAGCAGACGCUCCGGUCACCUGUGAAGAAGAGUACCAUUAUCAUCUCCGGGAUUGCAAAAACACCAAUGUCCCAAGAUGAGGAGCUGGCUUUGAUGGCAGGCUACGCAGCUGCCAUGGAUGCCUCAAUGUCAGACGGGAGCUCCAGUCAGGAUGUGACCACAGCGGUCAUGUCAGGGAACAGCAGUCCUCCAGAGAUGUCCGAAAAUGAGGAGGGGCCAGGUGGCAUGGGCGGUCCACCUGUAGACUGGGAGAAUCACACUGGAGAGGACUUGAACCACACCUCAAUCUCCAUGUGCGUGCCAGAGGUCAGCUGCAAAAAGAGAAGAGGCAGUUUCCUACGUAAGAGCGCCAAGCUCUUCUUCCGGCGGCGACACCAGCGCAAGGACCCCGGGAUGAGCCAGUCGCACAAUGACUUGGUGUACCUGGAUUCCACCGCAGUUGAAGAGCGCGCCAGCAAGACCGCCACGCUUAGCCGCAUGCUGAGCCGCAGGAGUAAGAGCAAAUCCAACGGCUCGACCUCCACUGGACAAGCAACCGAGUGACAACUUCAACAACCACCACCUCAAACACACACUUUUUCUUCUUCUAAAGGCUGACCUACAUUCUAUAGACUCUGCAGGUGUGUGAGUGGGCUUUAAUUUUGCAUGUCUUCUCAAUGUGCUUUUAUCCAUCUUUUGAAAAAGUUCCUUUGUGGCCUUGAUACGGACUGAAGAGGCCAAUGUGGGCCUGCAUCUUCACCUUCCUGAUGCUGCAUGGAAAAAGUGUGACCCAUCCUUGGUGUGAUUUGUUGCUUUCCUGUGGUGAGUCAACAGGACCAAAGAUGCUGAGUGCUAGUUGUGUGAUUUGCACAUUUCCAGUACCUUUUUCUAUUUCAGUGCAAUGACAGAAACUGCUUGUGUGUCAGAGAGACUCUUGUGUUGUUCCAAAUAGUCACAAAGGGAGAUAAUAUUUCAGUGCAAAUGAGAGUGAUAUGACUACUUCUGGACAUUAAUAGUAUGAAUUAUGGUAUUUAAACAACAGUGUCCAUUACAGUGUUUUAUUUCCUUCAAGUUGUAUUCCAAGAGGUGUGGGUGUGUUUGAUAAGCACCCACAGUAAGAAUAUCAAGCAAACAGCCUUGCUGAAUGAGUGGUAAUGACAUGUAAUAACAAGGUGAGUGGGAAUUAAGGUGAUCUCAAUUACAUAUCAACAUCAGUGUCAAAAAUAUGCAAGAUGAAAAGACACUGGAUAAUGUAAGACUUUAAACAAUUCUCAUGGAAUUGAAUCGAUCGCAACUGGACUGUCCAGGAAGAUGUGUGGCCUCUCAUCUGACAGGUUUCAUCCGUUCAUCAGCUUUAGCCUGAGGGCUAGGUGCAGGAUCCACAGUAUUUAUCCUCUAAGGCUGGGAUGUCCAAACAUUUUCCAUUAAGGGCCACAGACUGAAAAUUUAAAGCAUGCAAUUUUUUUUUUUAGUAUUUCUGUUUUCAAAACCAGUACUAUACUAUAUAUAGCUAUGAUUAUUAGGAGAACCGCUAAAAUGUUAGCUUUGUGUUAUUAGUGUCAACAUUGAUACUUGUUCCCGCUAAAAUACACUUCUGCUCUUUUAUUGCAAGUAUGUUUCUUUUGUUUCCUAAUAGCAUUUUUAGAAUUUUCCGUGGGCCACACUUUAAGCAUACCUUAAUAACUAGAAUGGUUUCACUCUUCUGACUGUUGUUGGGCUGGAAUCUCCCUUGUCAGUAUUUCCUAAUAUGGGGCUUCAUAUGGCGCAUAAAAUACUUACACACGCCGUGUUUCUUUUUUCUUUUUACACUUUGGGUCAGGCAUUAAAUACAAAGCGCCACAACUCCUUUUCUUUCUGAUUGGUCACUUCAUGUCAGAUGACAAAAUACACUAAUAUUAACUUGUUUCGUCUUGGAAUUGGCUCUGACUAUGAGACACUCAGCGUUUAAAAUGACCAAUCGGAAAGGAGAGUUGCCUAUCUCUAAGUACCAAUAAGGAGAAACAGUCUGCAUGUGCACUAACACACAUUUAAUGGCUUUUAUGCCACUGUUUUGAUGCCAUACAUUCCAACCAAACAACUGUUGUUGGCUGGCAAUUCUCACUCUACUGUAUUAUUUCUUAACAUCUGUCGUUUUGCGCCACGAAAAAGUAGAAGCAUGCUUGUUGGGGCAUGUCUCUAUCUUAAGGUGCUCAGAUCCCCUUGUACUGCGCCUUGUUUACGUUUUCUUUCAUGGCGUCCUACACUGGCGACCAGAAAGUAAAGCUGUUCUAGCCUCUACCUGCUCAUCGAACUAAAGAGACUGUCAGUGGUGCAUAAGGACAUUGAAUACUGCAAGAAACAAGGAAGGGAAGUAUUCUCUGCAAGCUGUUCCCAGCAACUUUUUUGUGUGUGACGCGAGUGUGCGAAGGAGAGGCCGCGCAGGCAGAAAACAUGAGCUGCGCACGCAGUGGCCUGCCAGACAUCCACCCUGAGUACGUUCAGACAUUUUCGGACAAAAAAGAGCUGGCAAAAUAUAAGAUCAAAACACUAGAUUUUAGAAAAAAAAAAAAAAGAAAAAUAGUGAAUUAUCUGUCCAUGCAUCUAGUUAAUUUUACAUGAUAAGACAUCCUAAAUUAAGAUUUGUAUAUCUAGAGAUAGGCUCCAGCAACCCCGCGACCCCGAAAGGGACAAGCGGUAGGAAAUGGAUGGAUGGAUAUCUAGAAAUUAGCAGGACUUUCAAAAUAAAAAUAAGUAUAUAUAUUUUUUGAAAACUAGCAUUAUUCAACUCGCAAUACUUAAAUUAAGCAUCAUCGGGAUGCUGCAGAAUCUUGAGACAAGAUGUAUUUGAUGUGUGGGAAACCAAAUGAUCUUAUUUGAAUUGUUAUUUUCUAAUUUUUUACAUUUUAAAACUAAAACAGACAAUCUAAUUAUUCAUGCUAAAAUUAAGAUUAUUAAAUCAAUGGCUAAAUGUAAGUAAACUUAAAACUAGGGAAAUUGCUCGAAAUACAAUUGUAUGUCUAAGUCUAAAUUUUGGCAUGUGGCAAAAAAAAAUUGCAUUAGGCCUGUGUAUGUUUGGCUCUUUAGAACAGUGGUCCCCAAUCUUUUUUAGACCAAAACCAGGGGGCAGGGGACUAAGCAGUACAAAUAACAAUAAAAGGGGGAAAUUAUUACAAAUUAUAAAUUAUAUCACACCAAAAUAAGCUCAUCCUAAUGCAGAAUAAGCUCGCUGGCCGGCUUACUGUAACAGUGCGAUAGUGUGACAGACGGGCCAAAAAUUUAUUUGUGGCCUUUCAAUUGAACCAUGGGAGCACUACCUGAGAGGAUAAAUACUGUGAAACCUGCACCUUUCGAUUAGAGCUGUCCUUGUAUUUGAUUAAAAAAUUGAUGACGCCUGCUGCGAGACAACCUGAACAGUCCAGGUGUGAUGGAGUCAAUGACCUGAUCAAUGAGACACAAUGUGUGUGUUUGAAAACAGUAUGCAGCGUUUAUCCAAGUCUUCCUCAGAGAUGUUUAACAAUGACUAAAUCGACCAGCACAGUGAGUAGGGCUUGUUGUUUACUUUUUAAUCAUCGGAUUACUAGUCCUGUUGUUUUUAUCUUCAUGCGGUUUUAAAUACGUUUAAAAAGAAAUCCGGAUAACGAUUUUAUCUUGAAGUAGCUUCAUCGUGCAGUAGCGAUACAUGGCGAUGCAAAGCAGCCACAUGCAGCACUAAGAUUGCCUUACAGUCUUCCUAGCACAAGUCUUGUAUUAUAGACUUGUUGUUUCUUCCCUCAGCUGCUUUGUUUCCAUGCACAAUGCCUCGUCUUAACGCCUACGCACAGAUGAAAAUUGCUACUCGACACAAUUGGAUACUAGUACGAACAUUUUACAAGUGCAAAUCCAUGACAACACUCUUCUCCUAACUUUAAGAAUUGUAGUAUUACAUUUACAAUGUAGUUAAACUAAAAGGGCUACUGAGGUUUUUUUGUUGGCUUUUUUCCACACCGAUCCAGAUCAUCUGUACUGUUCCAGAAUUGAACUGCAGUUUUAACAGAUUCAACAAGUCAUUUAAUUUCCAUCAAUAAACACUCAGACUGGCACGGA